AAAUGCUCUCACCUCCCCUGUAUGACCCACUGAUUAACUUUCUCUACUGUAGACACACUUGGUGCUCUUCUCUGACUCUGACUCUGACUCUGGAUGAUCAGCCCAGGUGACAUGUCGCACUCAGUCCUCCCGCUGGAGUUACAGAACGGCCAUGGAGUCGACUCCGAUCCCGACGACUCCGAUCCCGAGGAUAUUUACCUGCGGGACAGGCGGAGGGCCAAGUCCUUACCUGCUUACCCCGAGCAGGCCAAUCUGUUUAGCCGUCUCUCUCAGUGCUGCAGGAAGAGGGUGAAGUUCGCCGACGCACUCGGCUUGAACCUGGCCAGCGUGAGGCACUUCAGCAUCACCGAGGAUCCCCAUGUGCCCUCCGAGGUGUUCGCGGCGCUGCGCGCUCUGCCCGUGCAGCACGAACGCGAGCAGUGCGGCGACCUGCGCGCAGGCUUUCCCUCUGCUCGGGACACUGCGGUGGAGAUGAGGCUCGCACCGGCGUACGAGAUGAGACUCGCGUCAGAGGUCACGGAGGCGCGCGCAAACCGCUGCGGGGUCGCCUUGGAGAGGGCCUCCGUGUCCGGCUGGGCCGUGCGCGGCGUCAUACUCGCAAAUGUCCUGGAUAACAGCGAGGCAGACGUCGGGGUGCGGUACACGUUCAACAACUGGGCGUCCUUCGCUGACGCGCACGCACUGCCCGUAUCUGGAGAAUGCGUGCGCGAAUGCCAGAGGUUCUCCUUCACUGUGCACACGCCUCCUUUCCUGGACCCGGACGCGAGUGUGUACUUCGCCGUGUACAUGAGGACUGACCGCGGGGAAUUCUGGGACAAUAACGACGGGCAGAACUUCUGUGUGCAGUGUGGCCGCAUGCUGUAAACCCCAGGAGUAAAAAUAUACUCAACUGGACUGAAACAUAGAAUUAUGUACUAGUUGGACAGAGCGGGUUCAUGCAAAGACACCAGCAACAAUUAUUUAUAAUAGCCUAUUUUUAAUAACUAAUUUACAACAGAGAAUAUUUUUGACAGACAAGAGCUUCUACCUGACUUGACCUUAAAGGCCCAAGUAAGCUAUUUUCACAUAGUGUGUUUCUUUGUGUUCCAAUACACAACUAUUACAGUAACUGUAUAUAUUUACCUAUCAGCAGGUGUGGUGGGGCAUUUGAUUUCUGUGGUCACAUGAGAUAAACACUGUAUCUACCAUGGCACGAGUCACAUUCAGAUCUAACGCUGCAUUUGACUCACACUCUGAAUGACUGACCUCCGACUAGAUAAAACCAAAGAAAAUCCUAAUCGGAACGUCUGGAAAGUCAAGACCGAGCUUAGAAAGUGACGUCAAACCAACGUGGUUGCUCACAGCAUCAACUGUAAUCAAAGUAGCACUUCUUUUACCUUUAAAUGAGUUCUAGUGUAUAUACAAGUCACUACUUUAGAUCGAUCGACAUACAGAUAUAACACUGAUGAACGCACAGCUUCGAGGAGGUACAGAUACGUCACUCGUUGAAGUUAUAGCUGGCUAGAUUGUUGCUUAAAACCGUCGAGGCAUCCGAAUUCAUUUCCCACUUUUGCAGCUUGAACGUACAGAUCGAUGAUGUAAAUGAUGUAAAAAUGAUUCAAAUUUCAGAUAUCGUAAAUUAGAGUUCAUUUGAAUGCAGGAUAAUUGAUGCCAAUGCCAGGAGUAGCUUCAGUGUGAACUGAUUAUUUUAAGUAAAUUGGUCAGCAAAAUCUGGCAUCUGGUUUAGAUCAGUAACAUUUUUUCUUAAUGUCUCUAAAAAAAAACCCCAGCAAAAGCAAAUACUGUGUUAAAAAGACUAACCUGGAUAAUGUUUUCGAGUGGGUAUCAGUAUCCCGGGUUUAGAACCGCCUUCCUUUCCUAAACAUGUUAAUUCAUUGCUUUAACAUCCUCCUAGCUGGUGACUGCUUCAACUUCUUCAACACGGAUGUGUUCAGUGGAUUUCAUGGACCUCCAGUAAAGUGCACAAUUUUCUAUGACGACCCCAUAAAGAUGGAAAAAAUGUAUAUUAUGUAGUUUGACUAAAGGUUUUUUUUUUCAUUGUAAAAUAUAGACUUCAAACAGCAACUUGUGCUGUUGUAUGGAUUUUAGCUAUUGAUUGUAACAUAACUUUUUAAGUUCACAAUACUACGCAUGCAUUUAAGUAACUAUAAUGGUAAUAAAUGGAUAAAAGCUAAAAUAGGACAAACAUGCAAUUAAAAUUCUUGAAUUUC